UCUCCUCCUCCGUUUCCCACGCACCUGCUGCCCAAAGAACAUCACAGCAGUUUUGAGCACAUCAGCCAGGUAGCUAGCUAAGAAGAAGAAGCUAAGAAUGGCAUCGCCGCGCAUGAAGACGGAGCAGUCCUUUGAGUUCGGGGAGCUCAGCGCUCAAGAUGCUGUGGGAUCUGCCUCAGAGUCGUCUUACAGCCCUCCUGGAGCUGUUUUUGGGGUCUCCCCACCGGAGUCCUCACCGCGCGGCGGCCGGAAUAAUAGAAGGAGGGACAGACCUUCAUGGGUCAAAGUUACGUACACACCUUAUUUUGAUGGUCACUUGUGGCGCAAAUAUGGCCAAAAGAAAAUCAAGGAUGCCGAGUACCCUAGGCUAUACUUCAGAUGUUCUUACCGUGGAGACCGGCAGUGCCUGGCGUCUAAGCUGCUGCAACAAAAGAACGGCGAUGACCCACCGCUGUACGAGGUGACCUACACGUACGAGCACACCUGCGGCGCGCCGCCGGUCCCGUUCCCGGACAUCGUGGCGGAGCCGCCGCCGGCCUCAAGGGAAGGGUUGGUGCUCAGGUUCGACUCUCCCGGCGGCCAUGGUGAUGCGCAGAUGCAGCAACAACAGCAGGGGCAGUACCAGCCUACGUCCCGGAGCCCGUUCAUGAUGCUGAGCUUUGGUUCGAGUAGCCAGGCGCACGAUCAGCAGCCUGCCUUCCAUUCCGACAUGGAGGCUGGAUCGUCGUCGCUUCCGAACGAGGGGAUGCCGGCGGCGGCGGCAAACGGCGACGGUGGCAUGUUCUCGACAUGGGACUCCUUCACGUAUGAUUUCGACAGCCACAUGCACUUCGGCGAUCACACGCAUUUACCUUAUAACAGUAAUUACGAUUAUGAUGAUUACUGAUCAAACGUGUAAAGCAUUAAUUCUUGUGGGCGACUGAUAUAUCGAUGUCUUCUUUGCGUAUACGCACGUACAGGAAUCAAAAUAUUUUCUGUCCUAAUUCAAGGGGAUUAAUUAUGCCUAAUCCACCUUUAUAUCCAUGAACAAGUCAUUUGACUGAAGGUGCAGUUCACUGAGCA